AACACUAGCUAAAACAACAUCCUUUGCUUACACAACAUAUUUUAAGGAAACUUACUCAAUCCAAAUCAAUGACAGUGAAGAGACUCCUAGAAGAUGAUAGAGAAAUCGAGCAAAUGGCCAUGGCUAACUGUCUAAUGCUCCUCUCUCGUGUUGGAAAAUCGGGUUCAUUACCUGAACCUGGCCGGUUGUUCCACUGCAAGACGUGCAACAAACCGUUUCGGUCGUUCCAAGCACUAGGCGGCCAUCGUGCUAGUCACAAACGACCGAAACUCAAUGAUUUCCUUGGCCAAUCGCCUCUGAAGGCCAAGACACAUGAGUGCUCCGUUUGUGGGCAGGAGUUUGCGAUUGGCCAAGCGUUGGGUGGUCAUAUGAGGCGACACCGCGACGAGGCCACUAGAAAAACCGUUGAGGUGUUGAAGGAGCAAAGUGGGACUAGAGGAUUGUGUUUGGAUUUGAAUUUGACACCGUAUGAGAAUGACUUGAAGAUGUGGCCUAUUGUUACUUAGUGUCUUACUUGUGCUUAAUUAGUUUGUGUAUAUAGAACAGUUUAUUUAUUUUUUUUAUAGAGGUGCGUUUUUUUUUUU